GCAGAGAAGUUGAGAGUAACCAAAUUCUUCUUUUUCUUCUUCUUCUUCUUCUCUUUCUCUCGAAUCGAUCUUUCGUUUCCCGCUUUUGCAUAUAUUUUUUUCAGUCUAUUUUUUUCCCUUCUUCUUUCUUGUUUGCAUGCCCGAAAAUUUAGACGAGAAAAUAGGAGAAGUGAGUACCAAAAUUUUCCUGAAAAUUUGUUUUUUUUUUCUCUCAAGGAGAAGAGAAACCAGAAAAAAUAAUGAUAGAAAAUUUUUGGACUUGGUUCUGCGGGAAUCACCACACAUCAAACUGCACUCUUGGAUUUCUGCAGAUAUGUUUCGGUAUCACACUCUCAUUCCUAACUCUCUGUAUUUGCUUCUUUCACAAGGAAUCUCCCAAAAGGAUUCAUCGAUUCUUUUGUCUGCGAAUAGUGUCUGCUGUGUUCAACGGAAUCAUCGGAUCUCUAGAUUUGGUUUUAGGGAUUUGGGUUUUACGAGAGCACUCCAAUAAGCCCUUAAUCCUCUGGCUUGUGAUUCUGAUUCAAGGGUUUACAUGGCUCUUGAUUAACUUAGUUAUUUGCAUUAGAGGAGCAAGAAUUCGAAAAUCAUCGUUGAGAUUGUUAUCUAUCUUCUCCUUCUUUUAUGGUCUGGUCUCAAGUUGUUUAUCUGUGAACAAUGCUGUUUUUGGAGAAGAAUUAGCAGUUAGGACGAUUCUUGAUGUUUUGUUACUGCCUGGGUCAGUUUUAUUACUCUUAAGUGCUUAUAAAGGCUAUCGAUUUGAUGAAUCUGGUGAGAGUGGUUUGAAUGAGCCUCUUAAUGUUGGUGAUUCAAGUGGGAACAACGAAAAAGCCGAUUCUGAUAAUCGGGUUAGCCAGUUUGCUGUAGCUGGGUUGUUCAGUAAGUUAUCAUUCUGGUGGUUGAAUUCUUUGAUAAAGAGAGGAAAUGUGAAAGACUUGGAGGAAGAAGAUAUACCCGAGCUUCGCGAGGAAGAGCGUGCAGAGACGUGUUAUUCCUUGUUCAAGGAGAAUCUCAAUGAGCAGAAGAGAAGAUUAGGGAGUUCUUGUCAGCCUUCGAUCUUGAAAGUGACUGUUCUUUGUGUGUGGAGAGAUCUUUUGACCUCUGGUUGCUUUGCUUUUCUGAAGAUCGUUGCUGUUUCAGCUGGUCCUUUGCUUCUGAAUGCUUUCAUUUUGGUUGCUGAAGGCAAUGAAAGCUUUAGAUAUGAAGGGCUUGUGUUGGCUGUGUUGCUGUUCUUCUCAAAGAUGAUAGAGUCUUUGUCUCAGAGACAAUGGUACUUCAGAUGUAGAAUUGUCGGUUUACGCGUGAGGUCUCUACUAACUGCAGCUAUAAACAAGAAACAACUGAGAUUGAAUAACUCUUCAAGAUUGAUCCAUUCAGGCAGCGAGAUUAUGAACUACGCGACUGUUGACGCUUACAGAAUUGGGGAGUUUCCAUACUGGUUUCACCAGCUUUGGACAACAAGCUUUCAGCUACUAAUCGCGCUUGGGAUUCUCUUUCAUUCUGUGGGAGUUGCUACGUUUUCAGCUCUAGCUGUGAUAAUACUUACUGUUCUAUGCAAUGCUCCUAUCGCGAAACUUCAGAACAAGUUCCAAAGCGAACUCAUGACCUCUCAAGACGAGCGGCUUAAGGCCUGCAAUGAGUCUCUUGUCAACAUGAAGGUCUUGAAGCUCUAUGCGUGGGAAUCACAUUUCAAGAAGGUUAUCGAGAAGCUACGGAACAUAGAGUUGAAAUCUUUGAAGGCGGCAAUGAGAAAGGCUUACAAUGCGGUUCUGUUUUGGUCAUCACCGGUGUUUGUCUCUGCUGCAACUUUUGCCACAUGUUAUUUCCUAGGCAUUCCAUUGAGAGCAAGUAAUGUUUUCACUUUUGUGGCAACACUACGUCUGGUCCAAGAUCCAGUAAGAAUGAUCCCUGAUGUUAUCGGAGUGACAAUUCAGGCUAAAGUUGCCUUCAGUCGUAUUGCAACAUUUUUAGAAGCUCCUGAGCUUCAAGGUGGGGAGAGGCGGAGAAAACAGAGAUCCGAAGGCGAUCAGAACGCGAUUGUUAUUAAAUCUGCGAGCUUUUCUUGGGAGGAGAAAGGUUUAACAAAACCAAACUUGAGAAAUGUGAGUCUUGAGGUUAAGUUUGGUGAGAAAGUGGCUGUUUGUGGUGAAGUUGGCUCUGGCAAGUCAACACUAUUAGCUGCUAUUCUCGGUGAAACUCCAUGUGUCUCAGGAACAAUCGAUUUUUAUGGUACCAUCGCCUAUGUAUCCCAAACAGCAUGGAUCCAAACAGGGACAAUAAGAGAUAACAUACUAUUUGGAGGUGUGAUAGAUGAACAACGUUACCGUGAGACAAUUCAAAAGUCUAGCCUAGACAAAUAUCUUGAGAUCUUGCCUGAUGGAGACCAGACUGAGAUUGGUGAAAGAGGUGUGAAUCUUAGUGGAGGACAGAAACAGAGGAUUCAACUCGCUCGUGCGCUAUACCAAGAUGCAGAUAUUUAUCUCCUUGAUGAUCCAUUCAGUGCUGUUGAUGCACACACUGCUUCUAGUUUGUUCCAAGAAUACGUUAUGGACGCUCUCGCGGGAAAAGCUGUGUUGUUGGUUACACAUCAAGUGGAUUUCUUGCCUGCUUUUGAUUCUGUUUUGUUGAUGUCAGAUGGAGAAAUCACUGAAGCCGAUACAUAUCAAGAACUCCUAGCUAGAAGCAGAGACUUUCAAGAUCUCGUGAACGCUCACAGAGAAACCGCUGGAUCAGAAAGAGUGUUUGCGGUAGACAACCCCAGCAAACCGGUCAAGGAAAUCAACAGAGUCCUUUCGUCCCAAUCCAAGGUCUUGAAACCGAGUCGUUUGAUCAAACAGGAAGAGCGAGAAAAGGGAGACACGGGGUUGAGACCGUACAUACAGUACAUGAAUCAGAACAAAGGUUACAUAUUCUUCUUCAUCGCGAGCUUAGCUCAGGUCAUGUUUGCAAUUGGACAGAUUCUUCAGAACUCUUGGAUGGCUGCAAACGUAGAUAACCCUCAAGUUAGCACUUUGAAGUUGAUCUUGGUCUACUUAUUGAUUGGGUUGUCCUCAGUUCUCUGCUUGAUGGUUAGAUCUGUCUGUGUCGUGAUUAUGUGCAUGAAGUCAUCAGCUUCAUUGUUUUCUCAGCUUCUUAACUCUCUUUUUAGAGCGCCUAUGUCAUUUUAUGACUCCACACCUCUUGGAAGGAUUCUUAGCAGGGUCUCAUCUGACUUGAGCAUUGUAGAUCUUGACGUUCCUUUCGGUCUGAUCUUUGUGGUGGCGUCUACGGUAAACACAGGUUGUAGUCUUGGAGUGUUAGCUAUUGUUACUUGGCAAGUCUUGUUUGUAUCUGUUCCCAUGGUUUAUCUAGCUUUUCGUUUACAGAAGUACUACUUCCAAACAGCGAAAGAGUUGAUGCGGAUCAAUGGCACGACAAGAUCUUAUGUGGCGAAUCAUUUAGCAGAAUCAGUAGCAGGAGCAAUAACAAUAAGAGCAUUUGAUGAAGAAGAGAGGUUUUUCAAGAAAAGUCUCACACUUAUUGAUACAAACGCCAGUCCUUUCUUCCAUAGCUUUGCAGCUAACGAAUGGCUGAUCCAGCGGCUUGAAACCGUCAGCGCCAUUGUUCUUGCCUCCACUGCUUUCUGCAUGGUUUUGCUUCCUACAGGAACAUUUAGCUCUGGGUUCAUCGGUAUGGCUCUAUCUUACGGUUUAUCAUUAAACCUGGGACUUGUUUACUCCGUACAGAACCAAUGCUACUUAGCUAACUGGAUCAUUUCGGUUGAAAGACUUAAUCAGUACACACAUUUAACACCUGAGGCUCCUGAAGUAAUAGAAGAGACCCGACCACCGGUUAAUUGGCCGGUUACAGGCCGUGUCGAAAUCUCUGAUUUGCAGAUAAGAUACAGAAGAGAAUCCCCAUUGGUUCUAAAAGGAAUCAGCUGCACAUUUGAAGGAGGAAACAAGAUUGGAAUUGUUGGCCGGACCGGUAGUGGAAAGACAACUCUGAUCAGUGCUUUGUUCAGACUUGUUGAGCCUGUUGGAGGAAAGAUUGUCGUUGACGGUGUUGACAUCUCCAAGAUUGGAGUUCAUGAUCUGAGAUCAAGGUUUGGGAUUAUACCUCAGGAUCCAACUCUGUUCAAUGGAACAGUGAGAUUUAAUCUGGAUCCUUUGUGUCAGCAUUCAGAUGCUGAGAUUUGGGAGGUUCUUGGAAAGUGUCAACUAAAAGAAGUGGUUCAAGAAAAAGAGAACGGUUUAGAUUCAUUAGUUGUGGAGGAUGGAUCAAAUUGGAGCAUGGGACAGAGACAGUUGUUCUGUUUAGGCAGAGCAGUUUUGAGAAGAAGCAGAGUAUUAGUACUCGACGAAGCAACCGCAUCGAUAGAUAAUGCAACAGAUUUGAUACUUCAGAAAACAAUCCGGCGUGAAUUUGCAGAUUGCACCGUCAUAACCGUGGCUCACCGUAUCCCUACCGUUAUGGAUUGUACAAUGGUUCUCUCCAUCAGCGACGGACGAAUUGUGGAGUAUGAUGAGCCAAUGAAGUUGAUGAAGGAUGAAAACUCUUUGUUCGGAAAGCUUGUGAAAGAGUAUUGGUCUCAUUACAACUCUGCUGACUCACGUUGCUGAUGAUAAAACGAAAAUGUAACAAUAUUUUUUAAAAAAAAAAACUGUAAUUGUUUGGUAGAUACACUUUCGAAUUAAAUAAAAUAUAUGAUAACAGAAUAUAAAGUGCUAGCUGUA